CCCCGCUUCCGGUCGCGGCUAUGACUUCCGGGUCAUUCUGUCACCAGUUCCGGCCGCGAGGGCCGCCGGGAGGACGCCGCGGGGAUACCGGGGCGCCGGAGAUGGACUCAGUGGUUUUUGAGGAAGUGGCUGUGAACUUCACCCCAGAAGAGUGGGCUUUGUUGAAUCAGGCUCAGAGGAACCUCUACAGAGAUGUGAUGUUGGAAAUCUGCAGGAACCUGACUUCAGUAGAUUGUUACACUCAAGUUAAAACCAGUGGAUCAGGUCCUCAGCAGGAUAUUUUGGGGAGUAAAGUAUCCAAUGAAGAGAAAAUAGUAAGGUUCACAAGAAUUGAUUCCUGGUCCUCUGUUUUUGGGGAAAACUGGAAAUUUCAUAACAUUGAACAUCAGCACCAAAUCCAGGAGAGGCCCCUGAGAAGUCAUUUGGUGGAGAGCCUCUGUGAAAGUAAUGAAGGUAAUCAAUGUGGAGAAUCCUUGAGUUCUCAUAUUGAAAAUCUUAUUGUGCAUAAGAGUUAUCCUACAGGAGUUAAACCCUAUGAUUGCACUAAAUGUGGAAAAGCCUUUAAGGAUCAUUCUUUCCUUGAGACUAAACAAAGAUCUUACACUGGACACAAACCAUAUCAAUGUGAAGAAUGUCAACAGCCUUGCAGUUGUCCCCCGUGCCUAAGCACUCAUGUAAAAACUCACAUUGCAGAGAAAACCUAUAAAUGUCAGGACUGUGGGAGAACAUCUAAGAAACAUGUGAAAACUCUCAGCAGUAAAAACCCUUUUGAAUGUAAGAAAUGUGGGAAAACUUUCACUUGCCCCUUAUCCUUUAAGGGACAUAUGAGAGGUCACAGAGGACAGAAAAUCCAUACAUGUAAGGUAUGUGGGAAGGCCUUCAUUUAUUACUCGUACCUUACACGACACAUAAGAAGUCAUACUGGAGAGAAACCUUAUGAAUGUGAGCAUUGUGGGAAAGCCUUCAGUUGUCCCUCAUACUUUCGAGAACAUGCAAGAAUGCACACUGGAGAGAAACCCUAUUUGUGUAAACAUUGUGGGAAAGCCUUAAGUUAUUACACAUCCCUUCGAGAACACAUGAGAACACACAGUGAAGAUAAGCUCUAUGAAUGUAUGCAGUGUGGGAGAGCCUUCAGGUAUCCUUCAUCCCUUCGGGGACAUAUGAGAAUGCACAUUGGAGAGAAAUCUUAUGAAUGUCAGCAAUGUGGCAAAGCUUUCGGAUGUCUCAAAUACUUUCAAAGACAUGUGAAAACACACAGUGGACUGAAGCCCUAUGAGUGUAAGGAAUGUGGGAAAGCCUACAGUUUUGCCUCAUCCCUUCGAGUACAUGUGAGAACACACACUGGAGAGAAACCCUAUGAAUGUAAGGAAUGUGGGAAAACCUUCCGUUGUUCCUCAGGCCUUCGAGUACAUGUGAGAACGCAUACUGGAGAGAAACCCUAUGAAUGUAAGCAUUGUGGGAAAGCUUUCAGGUAUACUGCAUCCCUUCGAGUGCAUGUAAGAAUUCACACUGAAGGGAAGCCCUAUGAAUACAAGGAAUGUGAGAAGACCUUCACUCAUUCUUAAAACUUUGUACACAUAAGAAAACACACUGGAGAGAAACCUUAUGAAUGUGAAGAAUGUGGGAAAACCUUCAAGUAUAGUACUUCCCUUAUUGUGUACAUGAAAACUCAGAAUAAUUAUAAAUAUGGUGUUGCUUUGUAAGUGCCUCAUCCUUAAUAUAGAUCCCUAUGAGCCUAGCCUUGGUAUUAUGGGCUUGAGGAUGCUGUCUUGACCAAUAGGGGGAAAAGAAAUGAGACAAAAUAAAGCUUCAGUGGCUGAGAGAUCUCAAAUAGAGUCGAGAGGUCAAUCUGGAGGUUAUUCUUAUGCAUUAUAUAGAUACCCCUUUUUAGUUUCUAGUGUAUU